GGGCCCUGACCGGACGAUGUUCCCUGCUCAGGAGGAGGCCGAUAGGACGGUGUUUGUGGGCAAUUUAGAGGCUCGAGUGCGGGAAGAGAUUCUUUACGAGCUGUUCCUCCAGGCUGGGCCACUAACCAAAGUGACUAUAUGCAAAGACAGAGAAGGAAAGCCAAAGUCUUUUGGAUUUGUCUGCUUUAAACACCCUGAAUCAGUGUCUUAUGCCAUAGCAUUGCUGAAUGGAAUUCGCUUAUAUGGAAGGCCAAUUAACGUACAGUAUCGAUUUGGAAGUUCACGCUCUUCUGAACCAGCUAACCAAAGUUUUGAGAACUGUGCUAAGAUAAGUUCACACAGCUACAGGAGUGAAGAAACGCUGGGCAGAUCAUCCUUUACGGUGCCAUUCUUCCCGAUCAGCAAUGCUGCUGUGCCUCAAGAGCCCGUUUUCUUUCAAAACAUGCAAUGGUAUGUGCACAACCCAGUGCCUCCGCUUCCUUACUGUGAGAUGACAGCUCCGCUUCCUAGUACUGCCUCGGUGUCUCCCUGUCCAGAUCGUGCCGCAGACCUGGAGGCUGGCCCCAGCUCUUACGAAUGGACCCCUCAGCAACCAAGUGACUCUGACCUUUACCAGAUGAAUAAACGAAAGAGGCAAAAGCAAACGAGUGAUAGCGACAGCAGCACAGAAAAUAGAGGAAGUGAAUUCAGCCAGAAGUUCCGGAAGUGUAAGAAAAAGAAAAAAUAUUAGUAUUACCAUAAAAUGAGCUUUAUCAACCCUCAUCUUAGUUCUCACAAUAUUCUACCAAAUAACCAAUUUCAUGGAUGUCUUUGUCAUUAUUUUUAAAUAAAUAGCAAUGUGACAUAUCCAAAAGACUAUUCAACAUUUUCCCUGAAUGUCUAAAGAUUUCUGAAGACAAUGUGAUGGAUUACAUUUUGUAUUUGAUGUGAUUUUUGACCUAUUAUCAACAAGGAAUAUACUUUGCAACAUUUUUAGUGUGGAUGAUAAAAAUUUACUGAACUAUUAUCCAGAAGAUGCUUAAAGUACACUUGCAAACAUGGAACUGUCCUUCAUAAAUUGUCAUAUAAAAUACUCAGCUACAAAUCUAUUGAAAAUAGCUGUGGGUCAGUGGAUUUUCUGCCAAACAAAAGCAUAUAUUUAAAAGUCACAUGUUGUUUCUUAUGGAGAUAGAAUAAUCAGAUUGUUCCUUUUGCUAAAAAUGCUUCAUUUUUAAGUUUAAGUGUGUUGUUUCUGAGCCUUCAUUUCCUUUCGCCUUUUUUCUUCAUUGAACUGGGACAUCAAACUAUUACACCACAGGAGACAUAACUAGCACAGGAUUAGCUUUUACAUCAUUCUCUUUUCACAUGGCUUUAUAUAGACAGGCAUAUAUGUCUCUUCUUAAUAAUUGUAUACCAUUGAAAUUAGCUGAGUCAUAUUUAUAUUGACUUGUCCUGCAAGGACAAUUUAACAAAAUAUACUUAAGAUUUAAAACUUGACAGUGAAUAUGUAAAUGGAAUAGUGCUGUUCCAUUAAUGUGUGAUUAUUUAAUAAUUUGUCCAAAUUAUUUCUCAGUUCCUGCUUGUUUAUUUUAAAAGAUAAACAAAAUGCAUCUAAAUUUAACAAUUAUUGUUGACACUCACUGUAAACUGAAAUGAGGAAAAUCAUGUUUACUAAAGCUGAUUGCGUCAUGAGGCUAACAACCAAGUACUGUUGAAAAACUAUGGUUAAGUGUUUCUUCUCAUGUUUCAUAAUACUUUGUAAGUGUUUAUUAUUUAAAGGGACGUUUUAAACAAAUGGAAUAAAUGAGUUUA